CGGCGGCGAAGGCGGCGCGCGCGGGGCGCCCUGGAGACCCCCGAAGCUCGCGGAAGGGUUUAGAGCAAUAUCCAGAAGUUGAUUCCAUCAUGGCGGAAGUCCAGGUGGAGACCCGGGCCAGUGUAGACUGGCAGAAACGCUGCCUGACCCUGGAAACACAGCUCUUCCGGUUCCGUCUGCAGGCCAGCAAGAUUAGGGAGCUGCUGGCUGACAAGAUGCAGGAGCUGGAGCAGAGGCUGCUGGAGGCGGAGCAGAGAGCAGAAAAUGCAGAGACCCAGGUGGGUAUGAUGGAAGAGAAGGUAAAACUGUCCAAUCUAAAGAAUGUGGACUCCACAGGCAGCCUGCACUGCAAGUACCAAGAAUUGCUGAAAGCCAUGCAAAGCAAAGAUGAGCUCAUCUGCCAGCUGGAGGCACAGCUGGAGAAACAGAAGCAGAUGAGGGCUGAGGAAGCAAAAAUUGUUCAAGAAAAAGCUGCAAAGAUCAAGGAGUGGGUGACCCUGAAGUUAGCAGAACUGGAGAUGGAGAAUCAGCACCUCAAGAGCUGUAAUCAGCACCUUCGAGACCAGGUGGGAGCACUUCAGCAUGAUCUGGAAGCUCUUCGGAUGGCACCCACAGGGAAGCUGCUAGGGGCCUCAGAAGGAACUGCAGAGCCGGAUUCUGUCCCUUCAGGGCCAGGAGACCAGCCUGUGGGGCAGGACAUUGUUCCCCAGGCCCAGGAUUUAAAGGCAACUGUGUCUGCACCUUCUUCGGGAGCCUUGCAGAACAAGGACCCUUUGUCUGAAACCAGCAGCCCUGAGGAUUCUAGCUGCAGUGUGGCCCGACCUGGGGAAGUAGUAGAAAGCAAGACCCUUCAACUCCAUCUGGGAAGAGAGGCACCUCCCAGCCAGCUGUGCAUGAAGCCUAGCACCCCCAGACAUGGCUCAGCCUUCUGGAGGGAGGUUCUGGUCACUGCUCAAGGAGGGACACUUCCUGGCACCAAGAACUCGGCCAGGGAAGGAGGCCCUGGCAGUAGCCUGACACUGCCAAAGGUUCGGGCUCCUAGCACCCCUCGAGACAGUAUCCAGGUGGCUAAAAGGCACCAUAGCCAGCCCCAGGUGGGCCCUGGACAUUUUGACCAGGUGGUGAGCAUUGAGAUCGGGGCCCUGUCAGCUCUCCACCCCUCUAGGCUUUCCAAGCUGGAGGCCCAAGCUCGGCUCCAGGAAGAACCAGAGAAGAUGGAGAUGGAGGAGCCGACUUCAGCAGGGAAGGAGAAAGAGAGAGAGAGCCUGAAGACCACUGGAGCUGAGCUACAAGAAGGGGGGCUGAGGAACAAACCACCCACACCCCCCCUGCAUAGGUUUCCAUCCUGGGAGAGCCGGAUCUACGCAGUGGCCACAUCAGGCAUGCAGCUGUCAGAUGUGUCUCCUCGAAGUAAUGCCACCUGCUGUGCUUCCAGUCCUCCUGCCCUGGCUUCUCCUGGAUCCUUCUCUGGCCUUGUCUACAAGAAUGUCACUGUGCCUGUCUACACAGCACUGAAGGGGAGAGCCACGCAGAUCAGCAGUGUACCCUUUGUGGAUGAGUCCUCUGGGUCUGACGAUGACUGCAGCUCUCAGGCGAGUUUCCGGAUGUCUGUCCCCUGCUCUGAGUGCAAGAAGACCAGCGGACUCGGCAGCCCUCGGGCCAUCAAAAGAGGGGUCUCCAUGUCGUCACUGAGCUCCGAGGGUGACUACGCCAUUCCCCCCGAUGCCUGCUCCCUGGACAGUGACUACUCGGAGCCCGAGCACAAACUCCAGCGCACCUCAUCGUACUCCACCGAUGGGCUGGGCCUAGGCACGGAGUCACUGGAGAAGUCAGGCUACCUGCUGAAAAUGGGGAGCCGGGUAAAGACGUGGAAGAGGCGCUGGUUUGUCCUGAGACAGGGACAGAUUCUGUACUACAAGUCCCCGAGUGAUGUCAUCAAGAAACCUCAAGGUCAAGUGGAUCUGAAUUCCCAUUGUCAGAUAAUUCGAGGGGAGGGUGCUCAGACUUUCCAGCUCAUCUCUGAAAAGAAAAUCUUCUACUUGACGGCGGAUUCACCCAGCAUGUUGGAAGAAUGGAUCCGGGUUCUCCAGAGCCUGUUGAAGGUUCAGGCCACUGGGCCUGCGGCCCUGCCACAUCGGGGCACUAAGCCCACUGUGAAGGGCUGGCUGACCAAGGAAACAUGGCUGUACCACCUCACAGUGGCUGCAGGUGGCAGCAGUGCCAAGGUGGGCACUGUCUAUGAGCAGCUCAUUGGGAAACUGAUGGAUGAUGAGGGAAACCCAGAUUCUCCACUCUGGAGGCACCCCAUGCUGUGCUACAGCAGAGAUGGGCUCUGUACCUCCCUCACAACCCUGCCCUCCGAGGCCCUGCAGACGGAAGCCCUCAAGCUCUUCAAGAGUCCCUGGGGUUUCCUUCUUCCUUCCUGUCUUCUUAGAAAUGAAACUGGCCAGUAUGCCACCUACUGCCAGCGGGCAGUGGAGCGGACGCUGCAGACCGGGGAGCGGGAGGCCAGGCCAUCACGCAUGGAGGUGGUGUCCAUCCUGCUGCGGAAUCCCUUCCACCACUCGUUGCCCUUCAGCAUCCCUGUGCACUUUGCUAACGGAACUUACCAAGUGGUUGGUUUUGACGGCUCUUCUACAGUUGAUGAGUUCCUCCAGCGGCUCAACCAGGAGACAGGCAUGAGGAAGUCAUCCCACUCUGGCUUUGCCCUCUUCACAGACGACCCUUCCGGCAGGGACCUGGAACACUACCUGCAGGGGAGUGUCAAGAUCUGCGAUGCCAUCUCUAAGUGGGAACAGGCCCUGAAGGAGCUACACCCUGGAAAGUCUGAGGGUGGGACACGCGUGGUGAAGCUGAUGUACAAGAACAGGCUGUACUUUCGGAGUCAAAUCAAAGGGGAAACAGAAAGAGAGAGGCUACUGCUUGCUUCUCAAACCAACGGAGAGAUUGUAGCAGGGAGAUUUCCAGUGAACAAGGAACUGGCUCUAGAGAUGGCUGCCCUGAUGGCCCAGGUAGAAUAUGGGGACUUUGAGAAGCCUAUCCUGCCAGGUGCCGGGGGCACACCUCCUGCCAAGGUUCAGCAUCUCCUCCACCAGGUCCUAGACAGGUUCUACCCAAGGCGCUACAGACUUGGGGCUCCCCCUGAACAGCUGAGGCACCUGGCAGAUACGCUGACCACAAAGUGGGCAGCACUGCAAGGCUGCUCCUCUCCUGAGUGCAUCCGCAUCUACCUGACUGUGGCCCGGAAAUGGCCUUUCUUUGGUGCUAAGCUCUUUGCUGCUCAGCCUGCCCAGCUGUCUUCCAAGGAGAACACUCUGGUGUGGAUUGCUGUGAAUGAGGAUGGUGUUAGCAUCCUGGACCACCAUACUAUGCAAGUGCACAUCACUUACCCGUACUCUUCUGUGACUACCUUCGGCGGCUGCAGGGACGACUUCAUGCUUGUGACUAGAUCUGCACCUGACCAGAGCUCUGGAAAAGGCCACAUUGAGAAGUUGAUCUUUCGGAUGGCUGCUCCCAAGAUUGCAGAAGCCACUUUCAUCAUGGCUAGUUAUAUGAAUCACUGCUCUGCAACUGUGAAUCCACCUGCCAACCCACCCACAGCCCACCAGCCGUGGGAACUAGAUGGACGCCAGUUCUUUGCUUCCGUUUCCUGCACUACUAAAGGGCCAACAUUGCUAUGAAGAUUUCUCCGAUCCAUUUCUCCACCAGCACUGGUGUCUCUGGGAUCGAGAUGUAUGUCCUGGAUAUACUACUACUGUAAUGGAUCUAACUUACCCGCCUGUGUAAAAUGUGUAUUGUAGGGUCUGUGAAGCCUUUAUCUCUAGGUACCUUAUGUUUUAGAGCCCAAUAUAUGAAACUCCAGGUCCAGUGUAAAAACCACUAAUUGUUUCACAAGAAAUCUGACUCUGGACACUACCUGCUUCUUGACUUAGACAAGACCCAGCACUGCUAAGAGUAGCAGGGUUGCAUUUGGGGCUUUGGCACUGAUAUGCUCAGAGGAGCCCAUAUAUAGAUAUAUAAAUUUUUAUAUGAUCCUUAUGUGAGGAUUUAUACUUGAAGUUUUCUGAAUAUCCCAACAGAAAAAGGUCUGAAAUUUCUAACUCACCUGAACUCUGACAAAUGCCUUCAACUCACUAAAACUGGACUUCCUUUCCCAAGUGGGAAAGAUACUGGCAAGACUGGAGGAAAAGGCCUAACCUUCCCCCUGUACGGGUGAGUGCCCCUUCUGGGAGCAGCGCUGAUCUUUACAAGGGACAUACUAUCCCUGCCUAAGACUUACGCUCUUUGCUUACACUGGACUGUGAGCUGAACCUAGCACCACACUCUGCUUGGAAAAGGGAGGAAUAGGUCUAGUCUGAUGUCGCUCUGUCUCAUCUUAAUGAAGGCUGUGCUUACUACUGAAGGACGAGGUGGUUACUGUCUAAAAGAUCAAGCAAAUGCUCUCUGUCUUUUGCUCCUAUGAGGCCACUGAAGACACAGAAAUACAGAAGACCCUUGGAACUUCUGAAAAACUUCCACUGGGAAUGAGGUUGGACAUAUGUAUGUGAUACCUGUUAUAGUCUAUGAAGUACAGUUAGUUUCAUGCUUGCCUCCCUGAAAACAAUGUAUCCUCAUCCACUCAGACUUUCUGAUUGAGGAGGGGUAGGAGGAAAUUAACUUUGCUUCUACCCUCCUUUACAAAAAACAAAACAAAAGAGUGCAAACUCUGAUUUUCCAACACUGAAAAACUUGAGUUUUUAUUUCAUAGCUCUAAGGCAGUCACCAUUUGUCAAUACUAUGAUAAAAACGUGGGCUUAGCAGGAGAAUUCAAGAACCAAGCCUUUAACUCCAAUUGAGGGAGAGGAGAGGGAGGGGGAGCGAUGGAGAGAGGGAGAGAGAGAGAGAGAGAGAGAGAGAGAAUGAAUGCAUGCGUGUGUGUCUACAAAAACUACAAGGCUGGAACUAGUUUACCUGAGAGAGUGUGCGUGCGUGUGCGUGUGUGUGUGUGUCUACAAAAACUACAAGGCUGGAACUAGUUUACCUGAAACUUCAGCUGCUAUAAGCUUCCCCUUUAAAACUGACAUGCAUGGUGAAAGGGGUGUGAGCCAGCCUCUUAAAGGAACUUGACUUUGCAAGGCAGUUGGGUUUUCCCAUUUGUCCCCACUUCUCAAUCUCCCAAGGAGAGGGAGUCUGGCAGAGACAAUUCUACCUCAAACAAGUCACACAUCAAAAGUACCAUGGACUCCCAUAAACCUCUUCAGGACUGAUGGACAAGGCAGAGAUUGCAUAGCUCUGCUGAUAUUCUGAGUGUCAGUAAGGAUAAUAUCUGCCAAGGCAUUUUUUCUUAAAAAUAAAGUUGUAAGAAAUGAGUAUGGAUGGAGCCUGUUUACACUGAAUUUAGGGUGAAGCUAUUUCCCUCACCAUCUCUGUUUUUCCUGACGCUUCAGGAAUCUUCUCUUAGUUUAAUAGUUUAAUAUAGAAGAAACUGCCUUAGGAACAAAGGUUUCUAUAAUUUAGUUUCUCUUUUAACAAGAUGGUUCCAUGUCUGGAAACAGAAACCAAAUUUCUAUCUCAAAUUUUAUUUUAUCCUCUUGGCAAAAGCAAAUUUUUAAGUAACAGAAAAUGCUAAGUAGCAGAAGAGUAUUAAUGUACUUGAUAUCCAUGACUGAAAUGCUGUGAUCAUAUCUGUCAAUAAAAAGCACCUGUCUAUGAACUAGA